CCAAGGCCUUUAUCUCCUCUCCUCUCGUUCUUCGUUGCUGCUCCUACCUUCUCUACUCGCUCCUCUCUCCUCCGCCCUCCCGCCCUCUCUUCUCUCUUCUCGCUAUCUUUCCAUUCUACCACCUCUUCCUUUUCCUCGAUAUCGGCUGCUACACGCUUCCGGCUGACAGUGCGCUUUUUAGGCCUGCGCGCGCGACUCACGCGAUGGACGUCGCAGUCCCUUCCCUCUUUUCCCCCUCUUAUAAAGGCGAUUCUCUCGAUGAACCACACAUCUCCCCGACGAGCGAAGAGGGUGGAGUCCGUCACGGACGUUUCAUACGAGAUCGUGAGGCAUUUACGAUACCAUGAUACGACGACGACGACGACGACGACGAUGACAACGACAAUGACGAUGAUAAUGAUGAUGAUGACGAGGACGAGGACGAGAACGAGGACGAGAACGAGAAGAGUACCUCGGAUACUACACGCUAAAGGACAGGCGCCAUGUCAUCGUUUUCUUCCUCAAGCGACCGAGCAACCGACCGACCGACCGACCGACCGACCGACCGACAGACAGACCGAUCGAUCGAUCUUCUUUAGCGGCGCAAUGUGCGCGCAGCUGGCUGGUAUAAACAUCUCGACAUCAAGUUUAAAUCAAACCAGAAAUUCUAAAAAGAAGAAUAGGAAGAAGCUGGCAGAGAACAAGAAAAUGUAGUUAAAAGAAGAAUUUACAAAGAGAGCAAAGAUCGCGCUCCACGUGGUCGCAAGAUGGCUGCCGGCGUACGGAGUAUCUGUUCACAUCUUACCGGGCAGCAUUAGAUUGAAGUUAAAACUUCUAAUACUGUCAGGUAAAGAUGUCGUCAGGAUUCCGAAGACAACUAUAAAAAUGGAUUCAUCAUUAAAUGGAACAAACUUCGUGAUGUCAUAUAAAACAUCAAUUU